AUUCUUAUAACUAGAAAUAGACAAGCGUCACUUACGAGAGAACUUCGACGAAACUUCAUAUUUCACACGAAUUUUAAACAGAUAAAAUGGCUUCAGGAAGAGUUUUAGGUGUGUCUGUAGAUGGAAGCGAACAGAGUUUAAAAGCCUUCGAUUGGUGCCUGAACAAUCUAUAUAGAAAUGGUGAUUCUGUUGUUGGUAUUAUCAUUACAGAAUAUAACCUCAGUGUAGGUGUAGUACCUAACCAAGAUGCUCUAGGUAAACUGGUAAAAGAACAGGAAGAUAAAGUCAGUAAUUUAAUCGGACAGCUAACAGAUAAAUUAAAGAGCAAAAGUAUACCUGGAAAAAUUGUCCGAGGCAGUGGAAAAGUUGGAGAAGCCAUUUUGAAAGUUGUGGAAACUGAAAAAGUUGAAAGUUUGGUCAUGGGUACACGAGGUUUGGGGGCGUUUAAACGAGCAAUUCUCGGUAGUGUUAGUGAAUUUGUGGUACGCAAUUCACCUAUCCCCGUCACUAUUGUACCAAAUAAUUAAUACGUAACGAAUAUUAGCAUAUAGUCAAAACUGAAUUCAUCUUGAUAUUGGUUUAGGAUCGAAAAAAAAAUUGACGAGAUAUUUCAGAAAAAAAGGGGAGAAAUAUUUUUUUAAUGUUUGUCUUGAACCAAUUUAAAUAUGAAUUAAAUUAUGAGAGAAAUUAUGGGAUAGAUAAAUUGUAUAAAUGAGAUUUUUAUCUGAUAUAAUUGAUUUAUGUCACAUUCAAAGUUUGAAACUUGCUGACUCUUACUGUGUCUUUGAUAUUUAUUAUUGACUGAGGUUGGCAUAUAAUUUGUCAAUUAUCUAAAGGUGAGCAAAAACAUAGGGUAUGGUUCUAAACAUAAACACGACCAAUCCAUUUUACUUAUGGGGUAGUGUAAGUAGUAAUGGAUGUAAGAAGUCUUACUUAUAUAGCACUAUUUACUUCUUAUUCUACCUCAAAAAUAUAGUGAACUGGUCAUACUUAUGUUUUGAAAUGGGCCCCAAAUGUUCCUUCAACUUUUUCAUGGGGCAAGGGUAAGAGACAGCAAGUUUCAAACUAUUAAUUUUCUGUAUUUUUAAAAUGAAAUUUAUUAAAAUUAAGUGAUAACAAUUUGAAUUUUAACAAUGUUUCGGAUUUUAUUAAAAUAUUUUAGAAAUUUUUAAUUGUUAUAUUUUCAUUGUUAAAUGAUAUUGGAAUAAUUUGUAACCAAAUUUUAUCUUAAAAUGUAUGAAGUUUUGUGCUUUAAAUAUUUUAUCUUUUUAAUAAUUGAAAAUAACCUUUUGUUUUUGUCUAAAUUUUCAUUUUUUUGGAUGAACUCUCCGUAAUUUUUGUUAAAUGAAGUUGAUUUUGAUUCAAGCAACAUUUUUAUUAAUUGGUCAAUUUUUUUUAUCAAAGCGAAAAAUAAUUUGGAUAAUUUUUGAAAACAUGAACCGAAAUGAAAAACAGCUCAUCAUGCAUUGUAAAAACUCAAGAUCAAAAUUUCCUUUUUGUAUAUUUUGAACUUAUUUAAAAAUUCUCACUUUUGUUUCUCAUAUGUUGUCUUUUUAUUUCCCUAUCAAGGGGAGAAAACUCUAUUUAAUUUUUUGAUCAUAUUAUUGAAAUUAUUAAGGGCUCUUGAUUGUUUAGUUCUGCACGAUUGGGAUUCAUGGACAAUCAGUAAAGCAAGUUGGAAUAGAAUUCGAAACUCUUUCCACUUGUCCCAAAAAAAUAAUAGGUGCAGGCAGAAUUCAAAAUGGGACAUUAUGCUUCUGCAGACCUAGGCCAUAAUUGGAACAGACUGCACCUGUUCAGAACCAAUCGAGCACCACCAUGGACACUCUCCACUUUGAACAUAUCUUUCAUGUUAUGUUUCAUCACAAAAUUCGGCCUUCAGUUUUUAAAAUAUAAAUUAAUUGAAAUGUUUUUCUAUAAUAUAAAGUUACUAUAGGUGAUUGGUGAUAUAUUUGUUAGUAUUAUUAAAUAAUAGAAUCUAUUCUAGUUUAUUCUUUCUCAAUAAAAAUAGUAUUAUUACUUUUAAUGUUAUAGUUAAUGCUUUUACAAAUUUGCGGGUUAUUCCCCUUGUUUAUUCUCUUUGGCUACAGCUUGCCGCAUGGUGCCCACUCAUGUUGUGGAAACACUAUCCUCAUCAGGAUAGCUAGUUUGGAAACUUUCCAAAAUUUUACUUGAGCAAACUCAUUGGACAAGAGAUUUGUAACAAUCCGAUUGGUUGAUUUUCACAGCAGUUGUAUUUUAGACAAUUCUGAUUGGUUAAUAAUUUAAACUGGUUAUGGUGUGACUGUCCUCAUUGGCUCACAUUUGAAAACCAGUUAUGGUUUCGAUCUUCAUGAUUGGUUAAUUUUUUAAACAAUUGUUAUUUAACCAAUAUGAUUGGCUGUGAUAUCAAACCAAACUAUGAAUCAAUCAACCUUAUUGGUUGUUUCAAACCAGUUACAGUUUUUACCAUCCUAAUUGGUUGAUAUUUCUCACCACGCCUUGAUUGGUUUAAAAUUUGAACCAGUUUCAUUUUAAACAAAGCUGGUUGGUUAAUGUUUUAAACUGGUUCUGGUAUUCGCCCUCCGUAUUGGUUGAUCUCUAUAAAAGUAAUUUGAUGUUGUGUUAACCACCAAUGGCCUUGUGUUAAGAAUUUGUUAAAGUUUUAAUCAUGAAACUCAUGUACAGUUUAUAAUAGCUUGGUGUACUCCUCAACGAAUUUUGUUAAUCCCUCGUUUGAACCCUUUUACAACGUUUACACCUGUUAACUACUGGCUCUGCAUAUUGCAUGCUAUAUACUAUAUUGAUGUGUCACAGUUUGUUGUACACCAAUUUACACAAUUGCAACUCUGUAUAAUUUUUGUAUGACGAUGUUCGAACUUGUACGAAUUUGUAUGACGAUGUUCGAAAUUGUGCGAAUUUGUAUGACGAUGUUCCUAAUUGUACAAAUUUGUAUGACGAUGUUCGAAAUUGUACGAAUUAGUAUGACAAUGUUCUAAAUUGUUGUCAAUAAUUUUGCACUGUGGUAGAAUGUGACAUGUUUUUAUACUUCUUCCCAGAGUAUAGUUUUAGUACUCUCUCUAACGAUGUUAUCCGCAAUUUUAAUUCUUCAAUAAAAGCACUUAGCAAAUC